CGCGUGCGUUCAAUCAAGCUCUGCCAAGCGCCAUCGGCCGUAUUGAGGAAGUGACCACGGUUUUUACGCCCAACCAUUUGUAGUAGGAUCGUACAGCAGGUUGCGCGCCAGAAAUUCAGUUUGUCGGAAUCUCCAACUCACGUCGCAGCUUCGUCAUGGGUCGUCGUGCAUGUUUUUUGGCCUUUGCUUCACUUAUCUUCCAAUCUUUGGCUCAGAACGCCAAUAUCACGUUGACUCCAGCGGCCGUUGGCUUUGAAGCUGAUAACACCGCAUUCUAUUACUCUUCCUCGCCUCUCCUUCUUGCCAACGAUGGAAGUGCGGCCGGAGGCGGGUUUCGUGUCUUUGACGGGAAGCAAAACCCUCAAUGGGCUGAGGUAGCACAUCUCAGAACAGGUCGCUCCAAAGUUGCCAUCCCUGUAUACAACAUUGGAGGCCGGGACAUCGUAGUCACGAUCGCUGCCACUGACUCCAAUAUGCGAGCCUUUGAGGCGAACGGCUUGAAAGAGAUCAAAAACGCAAGGAAACCCAUCCUAGGCGACUGGUCGACGCUUUGCGGUUGGCAAAGUGCAUCCAGUGGUAACUCGUACCUUUUACUUUUCGGAAAGAGAAUAGUUGUCCAGCUGCUUGUGAGGAAUCAAAGUAAGCGAGUCGAGAUUCUUGCGGUACAAACGUUCCCCACCCCGAUUGAGGGCGAGUCUUGUGCUGUCUUUCGGGAUGGCACCGUCUUUUUCUCCGCCGAAGAUCAGCCAUUGUACUCAUUUACAGCAUCCGAGUCCUUCCAGGCCCCUGAAAUCAAGAUACUCACCAAAGAGGUACCCGUCCUUGGCCUGGCGGCGUACCACGCCGAUUCCGAAGACUUCUUACUCGUUGUUGAUUCGGAGAGUCUCCACAUAUAUGACCGCAACCUGAACCAGAAGAAUUCAGCCCUGCUCACUGGAAUCCCUGACCUUUCGGUCGAAGGCGGCCUAUCAAUCCUCCAGUCUACUUCAAAACGCCACCCUUCAGGGCUCUUCGCUUUCGCCUUUGAAGGCGAAGAGGAUACAGGUGUUGCUAUCGGCUCACUACAAGCGAUUCUUGGAGCCUCAGAGAUUCGCCCUAAUACUAAGUUUGAUCCCAAUGAGAGGACAUGUCGGAAGUGUACGCAGCCGAUCUCUAAGAGGUGCUCCAACAACGGAUAUAACCAACAUGGGAUAUGUCAAUGCUUCCCGGGCUUUGGUGGUGGUGACUGUUCGAAGAUCACAUGUCAAAACUCUUGUUCCGGGCACGGCUCCUGCAUAGGCCCAAACAUUUGCAAAUGUGCACCUGGAAGGUCUGGUCCGGACUGUUCAUUUGUCGCUGUGAAAGCCAAGUACGAGACAGAUGCCAAUGGUGGCGAUGGGGACGAUCCCGCUAUCUGGAUCCAUCCUACACGCCCUGACCAAAGCCGCAUAGUCACAACUACCAAGAGUGAUGAGGGUGCUGGUUUUGCUGUUUUCAACCUCAAUGGAAAGCUUCUGCAACACGUGCCAGGCGAAGAGCCGAACAACGUGGACGUGAUCUACAACUUCACAGUGGGUGCUCAAGUUACUGAUCUGACAUUUGCCGCUUGCCGUGGAGAUAACACCCUCUGUCUCCUGAAGAUCAACUCGACGGGCUUUCUCGAGUCAGUUGACGGCGGAAUUCAGCCGACGCCAGAAGACUACGAAGUCUAUGGCUCCUGCACAUAUCGCUCUCCAACUUCGGGCCGCCAGUACCUUUUCGUGAAUAAUAAGGAUGCUGAGUACCUCCAGUACGAGUUACGCUCGACCGCGAACGGCACUCUAGAGACAAAUCUUGUGCGCAAGUUCGUUGGAGGCUCCGGAGGUCAGGUGGAAGGCUGCGUAUGCGACGAAGAGCAAGGCUAUCUGUUCCUCGGAGAAGAGCCAGAAGGUCUCUGGCGAUAUGAUGCUGAACCUAAUGGCUCAUCUACCGGUAUCCAGAUCGCCAGAGUUGGUGAUGGGACACUUUAUGCAGACGUGGAGGGUGUUACAUUGGUCCCGGCGAAGAACUCUUCGGAUGGCUAUCUGUUCGUCUCCAGCCAAGGCCGCAGCGCGUAUUUGGUAUAUGAGAGAGCGCCACCUCAUGCUUAUGUGAUGACAUUCACCAUCGUAGACAACAAAGAGGCGGGUAUCGACCAUGUUUCCAACACAGAUGGAAUCGCUGCUGUUGGAAACCGCUUGAACAGUGACUUUCCGAAAGGACUGUUUGUCACACACGAUGACGCCAACGAGCUCGCUGGAAGAGAAACUGCAGACCAAGCCAGCUUCAAGCUGGUCAGUCUCGAGGAUAUCUUAGGCAAGCAGCGCGCUGCACAGCUCGGGUAUUGACUCAUGUUCUAUGUCAAGUAGUUAGUGCCC